AUGCCAAAUCAGACUAUUGUAGCUGAGUUCAUCCUCCUGGGACUUUCACAGAACCCAAAAGUUCAGAAAAUAGUAUUUGUUGUAUUUUUGUUUGUCUACAUAGCAACCAUUGGGGGUAACAUAAUAAUUGCAGUAACCAUCCUCUGCAGUCCUGCACUGCUGGGGUCACCCAUGUACUUCUUCUUGGCAUUUCUGUCCUUCCUGGAUGCAUGCAUUACUUCAGUCAUCACACCAAAGAUGAUUGCUGACUCCCUUGAUGAGAGCAAAACCAUCUCCUUUGAAGGCUGCAUGACACAGAUCUUUGCUGAACACUUCUUUGCUGCAGUGGAAGUGAUUGUUCUCAUAGCCAUGGCCUAUGACCGAUACAUAGCCAUUUGCAAACCCUUACACUACUCUUCCAUCAUGAACUGGAGGCUCUGUGGCACUCUGGUAGGGGUAGCAUGGGCAGGGGGAUUCUUGCAUUCCAUCAUACAAAUCAUCUUCACUUUGCAGUUACCCUUUUGUGGACCCAAUGUCAUUGAUCACUUCAUGUGUGACUUGUUCCCAUUACUGGAGUUGGCCUGCACUGACACUUAUAUUUAUGGCCUGCUAGUGUUUGCCAACAGUGGGUCUAUCUGCAUCAUAAUCUUUUCGAUGUUGCUGAUCUCCUAUGGUGUCAUUUUGUUUUCUCUAAGAAAUCACAGUUCUGAAGGGAGAUGGAAAGCUCUCUCUACUUGUGGAUCCCAUAUCGCUGUUGUCAUUUCAUUCUUUGUUCCGUGCAUAUUUAUAUAUGCACGUUCUACAUCUGCAUCUUCUUUUGAGAAAAAGGUGGCUGUGUUUGAUGCCAUCAUGACUCCUUUGCUCAACCCCAUGAUUUACACUUUCAGAAAUAAAGAAAUGAAAAAUGCCAUUAAAAAAAUGUGGAAGAGAUUAAAAAUGGUCUAAUAAA